AUAAAGUAUUACAUUACAGAUAAAGCUAAAUCAUUCGUCAUAAUAGUGUACACAGUUCAGUAAGAAUUGAACUUCGGUAUUAUAGGUAAUUUUAGAUGGAUGAGCAGGUUAAAAAGUCCAGGAAAAAACGGAAUCCUAGGGAACAUGCAAACUUAUUUACUGUCUUAACAUUUUUAUACACUUUUCCAUUAUUUCUAUUGGGUAACACAAGAGACAUUAACGAAAGUGACUUGUACGAAACGUACACCGGUCAUAAGGCAUCUAUACUGGGCAAACAAUCUCAAGUUCUAUGGCAGCAGGAAUUAGACAACGCAAACACACAAAAAAGAAAACCAUCGCUACUGAAAGUAUUAGUCAAAAUAUUGGGAUGGGAUUUUCUACUCAUAGGAAUCGCCGUUGGAUUUGAAAACUUUAUAGCACAGCCAUGCAAAGCGUUGUUUCUUGGAGGUUUAAUUGGGCAUUACGCAAAAAAAGAUUGCAGUGGUUUCCCUUCUUACCUUUACUCACUGGGAAUUAUAGUAUCAACGCUUUUCUGCUGUUUGAUUGGACAACCAUAUUUAAUGGCUUCAUACCAUAUGGGACUUAAAAUGAGAGUUGUGUGUAGCUCUUUAAUUUAUAACAAAAUUUUGAAGUUAAGUCCAUCUUCACUUAGAAAAUCGACUCCUGGUUACAUCAUUAACUUACUGUCUGGAGACAUAAACGCAUUUGAACGAGUUGGAUUUCUGCUUCACAUGUUAUGGGUUUGUCCUUUACAAGCAGUUCUAUUUUUGUAUUUAGUGUGGACGAAAAUGGGUGUUGCGUCUACAUUUGGAAUUGGAUUCAUGGUUAUGUUUAUUCCUGUAUAUGUUUUGUUGGGGAGCAUAUUGAAAAAGUAUCGAUUGAAGGUGUCAACGAGACGAGAUGAACGCAUAAGGUUAACCAAUGAACUAAUUCAAGGUAUAAAUGUAAUUAAAAUGUACGCCUGGGAGAAACCCUUCGCUGAGAUUAUAUCAACGUUCCGCAAGUUAGAAGUAGAUUCUAUGAAAAAGUCGACAUACUUGAAAGGCUUGUUCACUUUCAAUGAAAUUUUAAUUGCAACAUCUACCUUUAUAACUAUCAUAUCUUCAGUGCUGCUGAAUGAUGCCUUCGAGGCAACAGCGGUCUUUGUAACCAUGAACCUAUUUUCUUCGCUCGGUUUAACUGUUACAUCAUUCUUUCCGCUUAGCGUAGCAGUUCUAGCGGAAUUGAGAAUAUCACUGAAACGCAUUUCCGCUUUCUUACAAUCUCAAGAAAUUGACUUGUGUGCAAAAUCGGAAGAUAAUGAAUCAGCAGUGGUCAUCACUAGCGGAUUUGCCAAGUGGGAUGAAGAUGGAAAUCGGAACACGCUGACGGAUAUAAACAUACACAUAAAAAAGAAGUCUUUAACUGCGUUAAUUGGAGCAGUUGGCUGUGGAAAAUCUAGCUUGUUCCAGGUUAUACAAGGAGAGUUACGACUAUCAAUAGGGCAGUUGUGCGUUAAUGGUUCUUUGAGCUGCGCACCACAAGAAGCAUGGAUAUUUUCAGCAAGCAUUCGACAAAACAUCCUUUUCGGUAGUGAGAUGGAUGAAGAACGAUACAUGAAGGUGAUUGACUGUUGUGCACUGGAGACAGACCUCAAGCUAUUUCCGCAUGGAGACCAAACCAUUGUAGGCGAACGCGGUGCAUCUUUGAGUGGAGGCCAAAAAGCACGAAUAAACUUAGCUCGAUGCGUUUACAAGAAAGCAGACAUUUAUUUGCUCGAUGAUCCUCUUUCGGCCGUUGAUUCACGGGUAGGAAAUCAUAUUUUUGAAAACUGCAUUCGAGCUUUUCUAAACGAAAAGACAGUACUUUUAGCAACCCACCAACUUCAGUACUUAGCAUAUGUUGAUUACGUUAUUGCCUUAGACGAAGGUGCCGUACAAAUGCAAAGCUCUGAAAAAGAAUUGGAAGCCUCGAAAUUUGACUUGUCAAGAUACAUAUCCCAAGACCAAUCAGCUUCGCGUACGCAUUUGGAUUCCAUGUUAAAACCCGGCAAGGUUGAAACUCACACACAAGUUCAAGAAGCUAGAAAGUCAGGAUUUAUUUCCAUCGGCACAUAUAAACGAUACUUAUUUGCGUCUAACAAUCCUUUGUUUGUUAUCUGUACAGUGCUUUCGUUUGUCUUCGCUGAAAUGUGUAUAAGUGGAUCAGUCUACUUCAUAGGGCACUGGAUAAAUGUGGAGCAACAUCAUCAUGUUGAAGAUAGAAGCAUUUACAUGCAAGUUUAUUGCGGUAUUGCCGUAGCUGCCGUCUGUUUUGCAAUUCUAAGAUUAAUAACGUUUGUAACCCUAACCAUGGCAUCUUCAAGAUCUCUUCACGAUACGAUGUUCAUGCGUUUAUUGCAUUGCAGUAUGAAAUUUUUUGCUUCAAACACGUCUGGACGGAUCCUAAAUCGUUUCUCAAAGGAUUUACUUUCUAUGGAUGAGGUGCUACCGAAUAUGGCUGUUAUCGCUAUCCUAGUAAUUUUAAAUGUCUGUGGAUUUCUAAUUGUCAUUUGUGUAGUCAAUCCAUGGUUUAUUAUUCCCACUAUCUUGGUGCUUGGGUUACUGUUCUUCAUAAGAAAAUUUUAUCUAAGCACAAAUUUAGGAAUAUUAAGAGUUGAAAGUGUUGUUCGAAGUCCUUUGUACGGAUAUGUGCAAGCUACUUUGCAAGGUUUGUCCACCAUUCGAACCUUCGGGGUUCAAGAAACACUUACGAACGAGUUCAACAAUUAUCUUGAUACACAUAGUACCGCACUUCAUAUGUCAUACUCAGUGUCCCGAGCAUUCGGAUAUUGGAUCGACUUGUUAUCAUUUAUAUUCGUGAGCAGUACUGUUAUAUUUUACAUGCUUAAAGAAGAGGUGUACAGCGGACACGUGGGCCUUGUCAUAACCCAAUCUCUACGUUUGAUCGGGCAGCUUCCCUGGGGAAUGCGCCAUUUAACCGAUGUUGAAAACUGCAUGGUAUCAGUUGAACGUGUAUUGGAGUACACCACAAUUGAAGGAGAGCGUGCCCUGGAGAGUGCGCCCAACCUUAAACCAUCUGUCGCAUGGCCAUCAUUAGGCGGUAUUAAAUUUAAAAACGUCAGCCUUAAAUACUCCCCAGGUGAACCCUUUGUAUUAAAAGGUUUAAACUUUGUUGUUGAGCCUUUACAAAAAAUUGGUAUCGUUGGAAGGACUGGUGCUGGCAAAUCUUCGAUAAUUGCUGCACUAUUUCAACUUGCCGAGACUAAAGGUUCAAUAAUCAUUGACGGAGUUGACAUCACUAUCAUCGGUUUACAUGAUUUGAGAAAGAAAAUGUCAAUUAUCCCUCAAGAUCCGGUCCUAUUUUCUGGUACAAUUAGGAAUAAUUUGGAUCCUUUCAAAGAAUUCCCCGAUGACACCUUGUGGAGUGCUUUGGAGGAUGUUAAAUUGAAAGAGAUUGUCAACCACCUUCCUUCAGGCUUGAGCUUCACAGUGUCUCACGAUGGUUCCAACCUGAGUGUAGGCCAGCGCCAACUACUAUGUUUAGCCCGAGCAAUCGUUCGAAAGAAUAGAAUUUUAAUUCUUGACGAAGCCACCGCUAAUGUUGAUCUUGAAACUGACGCCAUAAUACAAGAUACUAUAAGAACUAAGUUUUCUAAGUGCACCGUACUUACUGUGGCACACAGAAUUAGUACAAUAAUAGAUUGCGACAAAAUAUUGGUAAUGUCUGCUGGGGAACUAGUCGAAUUUGAUCAUCCCCACACAUUGCUUCAAAAAGAAGAUGGAGUAUUUUAUAGUAUGGUUAGGCAGAUGGAUGUGUCUAUGGUGGAAACUUUAAGGAAUACUGCACGAAAGACGUACAGAAGACGGGAGAGUUGUGUUAAACAUGUAAUAAUGACGUAUUACAGUUCUAUAAUAAAUGUUUCCAAAACGGCAGUGAAAAUACCAACGCUUAUACGAGGAUUGUAUGCAGCCAUGAUCUGGUCGUUAGGGCAACCGAAUUCAUUUGUUUAGAUUGUUUGCUCAAGUACUAAUAAAGCGUCUGUCAAAACUA